AUGACUGUGGCCGUCCGAUUCCGUCGUCAUCUGCGCAGGCUGCUCCUCCUGCUGGCGUCCUGCUGUCUGCUCUCCCUGCUCCUUUCUGCCUACUUCCUGUUCACUAACUCUACCCCGUCCAUGCAGCUGGGGCAGUCUGCCGAGCCAGCCUGCUCCCAGCCCCUGUCUUUGUCAUCCUCGUACCGGCAGCUUCCCUACCCCUACCCCCCUAACCCCCCUCACAUCCACGUGCACACUGAACCUGUGGUGCUGGUCCUGGUGGAGUCCCAGUACUCCCAGCUGGGUCAGGAUAUUGUGGCCAUUCUAGAGUCAGCACAUUUCCAGUUCCGCAUGGAGAUAGCUUCUGGAAAAGGUGACCUUCCUCCACUGACAGAAAAGGGCCGUGGACGAUACUCACUCAUUAUUUAUGAGAAUCUUCUAAAGUACGUGCACGCGGACACAUGGAACAGACAGUUGUUGCACCAGUACUGCACAGAGUACAGAGUGGGAAUUAUAGGUUUUUACCGCUCCACUGAAAACUCGCCUCCUUUACUCAAACUGCGAGGCCUCCCACUGGUACUGAAGACCAACCAGGCUCUAAUGGACUGCUGUGUUGUGUCUAGUUCUCCUCUGCUUCACCUCACUAAGCCAGGCUCGGACAGAGGGCCCCUAUCAGGAGAGGACUGGACCUCCUUCUAUUCCAAUCACUCUACUUACCAGGCUGUGCUGCAUGCACGAGCCAGGGACGGGGCCCCUGGGGCCGGCAGUGGUGACAAUCCAGGCUCUGGCUUCGGUGCUGGACAACAGGCCACAGUGGUGCAGGACAUGGGCCUUUAUGAUGGUGUCCGUAGGGUGUUAUUUGGCCAGGGCCUUGGAUACUGGCUGCACAAACUCAUCCUGGUGGAUGCCAUCUCCUACCUCACCGACAGGAAGCUGUCUCUCGGACUGGACCGACACAUGCUGGUGGAUAUUGAUGACAUCUUUGUGGGAAAAGAGGGAACACGCAUGAAUGUCAAGGAUGUAAAGGCUCUCCUUGAAACUCAGAAACAGUUGCGCUCUCAGAUCUCCAACUUUACCUUCAACUUGGGCUUCUCUGGAAAAUUUUACCACACAGGCACGGUGCAAGAGGAUGAGGGCGAUGAUUUGCUGUUGCGGUACGUGGAUGAGUUCUGGUGGUUCCCUCACAUGUGGAGCCAUAUGCAGCCGCACCUUUUCCACAACGAAUCCUCUCUGCUGGACCAGAUGGUUCUCAACAAGCAGUUUGCUCUGGAGCACAACAUCCCAGUGGACAUGGGCUAUGCUGUGGCCCCUCACCACUCGGGGGUCUACCCAGUGCACAUGCAAUUAUACGAGGCCUGGAGAAGGGUGUGGAACAUCCGGGUAACCAGCACAGAAGAGUACCCCCACCUCAAACCUGCACGCUAUCGAAAAGGCUUCAUCCACAACAACAUCAUGGUGCUGCCUCGACAGACGUGUGGCUUGUUUACGCACACAAUCUACUACAAGGAGUAUCCCGGAGGACCCAAGGAACUGGACAAGAGCAUCCGUGGAGGAGAGCUCUUUCUGACUGUGCUGCUCAAUCCGAUCAGUAUAUUCAUGACACACUUGUCCAACUACGGCAACGACCGCUUGGGUCUGUACACCUUCGUCCACCUGGCCUCCUUCUUGCGUUCAUGGACCAACCUCCAGCUGCACACGCUGCCUCCUCUCCAGCUUGCCCACAAGUAUUUCCAGCUCUUCCCCGAACAAAGAAAUCCUCUGUGGCAGAACCCAUGUGAUGACAAGCGGCAUAAAGACAUCUGGUCCAAAGAGAAAACCUGUGACAGACUGCCCAAGUUCAUGGUGGUGGGGCCUCAGAAGACAGGAACGACAGCACUUUAUCUCUUUCUCCUCAUGCACCCCUCCAUCUCCAGUAAUUUCCCCAGUCCUAAGACAUACGAGGAAGUCCAGUUCUUCAACACCAACAACUACCACAAGGGCAUUGACUGGUACAUGGAGUUUUUCCCUGUGCCCUCUAAUGUGAGCACCGACUUCCUCUUUGAGAAAAGUGCUAACUACUUCCCUUCGGAGGACACCCCACAGAGAGCUGCUGCACUACUGCCCAAAGCCAAGAUCAUUACUCUGCUCAUCAACCCGUCUGACAGGGCCUACAGCUGGUACCAGCACCAGAGAGCCCAUGAGGACCACGCUGCCCUGAAGUUUACCUUCUAUGAUGUCAUCAGCGCUACAGCUGGAGCUCCGGCCGAGCUGCGCUCUCUGCAGAACCGCUGCUUGCUCCCGGGGCUGUACUCCACGCACCUCGAGAGGUGGCUCACUUACUACCCUGCCAACCAGGUGAUGGUCAUUGAUGGUCACCAGCUCAGAUCUGACCCUGCUUCUGUUAUGGAUGAAGUGCAGAAGUUUCUUGGAGUGACUCCUCACUUCAACUACUCCCAGGCUCUCACGUUUGACCCUCAGAAAGGAUUUUGGUGCCAGCUCCUUGACGGGGGAAAAACAAAAUGUUUGGGGAAAAGCAAAGGCAGAAAGUAUCCUCCAAUGGAAUCUGAGGCGCGGGUAUACCUGUCGCGGUACUACAGAGAGCACAAUGUGGAGCUGUCCAAGCUGCUGCAUCGCCUGGGGCAACCGCUGCCCUCCUGGCUCAGGGAGGAGCUGCAGAAGAUAACAUUUGCGUCCAUGAGGCAAGGCUAA